UCGAUAAUGCAAUGCAUCGUGUCUCUCUUAUAGUUUUUCGCUAUUUACGCUUACGAAUAUUACAUCCGCGGCUGCACAGAUCAUCGCCAACGCAGCCGGCGCUAGAUAGGUAAAUGCAUUAGGGACUUCUCCUAGAUACUGCCUUGAUAGGAAAUUCAAGGACUAAUACCUACUGAUCGAGUAGCAUCAGCGAACCCAUCCCGUCCUUAACUGCCGUCUUGCCCCAGGUUGGGGUAGACUUACGUAUAUAGGACUAAUAGACGUGCCAGCUAACCGCAAGAGAAGUGUCUGUUGACGGAUACCCGUGUGUGCUGGGUGCGUAGUGCAAGUUGCCUAUCGCCGCAGAGAAAAAAGGAAGCGGCCAAAUCUGGCGAGAGCGCUGUGUUCACAUCCACGCGCUUCUCUCUGUCCUCGCCCAUCUCUCGUUGAUUCGAUUCACUAAGGACGCACGCUCACUCGCCAUGACCGCCAACGGCAUCCAAAAUGGCGAGAACCCCGCUGCCUUCCAGCUGCAUCUGAUUAUCGUCGGCGCAGGUCUAGCGGGGCUCGCUGCGGCCAUCAGCACGAGGCUUGAGGGCCACCGGGUGACGGUGCUAGAGAAAACCGCGAAACUAGAAGAAGUCGGUGCUGGCCUCCAGGUGACGCCUAAUGCAAGUCGCCUCUUCCACCAUUGGGGAGUGUUCGAUGAACUGAGCGCCGUGGCGACUACCCCCUCCUACCUCGCUGUACGGCGAUACGAUGGUACUCGCCUCCUGGCAUUCGAGGAGCAGUUCCAGGACAAGAUUCUGCAGCGAUACGGCGCCCCCUUUUGGGACCUCCAUCGGGCGGACCUGCAAAUAGCUAUGGUGCGCCGUGCCCGGUCUCUAGGGGUCGAUAUCCAUCUGGACACCGACGUCGUCGACGUCGACUUCCAGCGAGCUACGGUAACUAUACAGACUGGCAGCAUUCUGCACGGCGACCUCAUACUUGGGGCAGACGGUCUGUGGUCGCGCACGCGAAGUCUCCUGUUGAAGCAGCCGCUGGCGCCCAAGCCGACUGGGGAUCUCGCGUACCGGAUCAUCCUAAACCUAGAAGAUAUACGAGACCCGGAGCUGAGGGAGUGGGUUUCGAGCCCUUCUGUCAACUUCUGGGUCGGACCAGAGUCCCACGUCGUCGGCUAUUCGCUUCGGGGAGGCCGCGUAUACAACCUGGUUCUUUUGUGUCCCGACGAUCUGCCCCAGGAUGUUAGUCGGGCCGCUGGCGAUGUGGACGAAAUGAGAAAGCUCUUCGAGCCUUGGGACCCCAUAUUGAACAAGUUCCUAGCCUGUGUCGACAAAGUAGAUAAGUGGAGGCUAAUGCACAUCUCGACCCUCGAUGCCUGGACGAACGAGGAGGGCACAUUUCUGAUGGCCGGUGACGCAUGCCAUCCCAUGCUUCCAUAUCUUGCGCAGGGAGCCAACUCGUCUCUAGAAGAUGGUGCCGUCCUCGGCCGGCUGCUCAAGUACGUAACUCGCCGUGACCAGAUCGCUCCGGCGCUCGAGAUGUAUCAGAUGGCGCGGAAAUCGCGAGGGGAGGCGAUCGCAAGAGAGGCAUUGGGACAGAGGGACUCGUUCCACCUCCCGGAUGGCCAGUUGCAGGAGCAGCGUGAUAGCGUUUUCUUGGCCGAUUUCGGCAAAGAACCGCAUCCCCCUUUCCCAAGUCGUUGGACAUGUCCGUCAGUCCAGCCAUGGCUGUUUGGCUACGACGCCAUAGCAGAGGCCGACAAGGCUUAUGAGGCGCAUCCAUUUUGAAUCCGCUCAUGGACUCGUUCAACAAUAAGCUAAAGUCCUAGCACGAACUGGGGAGUUGAUCGAUAGGUCACGAUGCCUGAAAGAUGCGAACCACGUCUACCAAGGUUAGAAUAGGGACAGGGGCAAGCUGCAGUGAGAUUCAUACGUCACUAUUGUUCACACUAUAUUCGUCCUACAGAAGCAAGCAGGAGUUAAGCAGCGGGAUUCACUCCAGCAUAAUGGGUACUAUAUAUUGCCUUCGAGGCUAAAAGAGGAGGGGGGCUAUGCGACUAAUAUAGUCACACCUAUCUGAAUAAGAUCGUAGGAAUUCAUAGGGUCAGGGUUAUUUUAUCGGGUCAUGUGCCGCGCGAAGGCUGAGACACCAGAGAAAUCCUGGGUAUGUAGGCUUGUUCUAAGAUGUAGACACCCUAGAGCAAGCCUACAUACCCAGGACGUCUCCCUAUGGACGGACGCUGAGAGGAUCUCAGCUUUGUUGAAAGGUGGAGAGCUCCAUUUCAUAGCCCAUUAUUCAUAUAAAAUGCGGUUGAUCAAUAAGCGAAACAAAAGCUUGUC